UCAUGACCAGAGUAGAUUUUAUACACUUUGGUGUUGAAAAGGCACUAAGUACAUUUUUUGGGGUGUACCAGAAACACUCUUGGGUGUUGUCUCUAAGUAUAAUGCUGGUGUAGAGUAAUUUCAGUGUAUAUUUUAGGAUGAUGGACUCCCUGAGUGUCCAACGGUUAGGUUUCGAUUCGUCAUUGGGUCGCUGCGCCUUCUCAUUGGUUGAAUCUAGAGACAUGUGACCGUUUGUCCUCUUCCACACUACGCGGCAAACUGUUUCGGCAGAGACGGUUGGUUGACUAGAGACGAGGAUCGAAUCAACGAAGCCAUUUUUGAACUUCACGGCAAUGUAACAGUGGAAGGACGACAACAAUGCUGUUCAAAGUGCAAUACCACGGAAAGAAGAAGUACAUUAAACUUAAUGGAGACUCACAUUCAGAAUUUCUCAAAGAGGCUAAAGUGAAGUUCAGCAUCUCCACUGAGACAGACAUAUAUGUGCUGGAUGACACUGGAACAGAGGUCGAUGAAGAGGUCUUCACCGACAUCCUGGAGGAAAAAACGGACAUCCUGUGGACGAUUGUUGAUGUUCUUUCAGUCUCUGACUCUCCUGUCCCAUCCUCAUGCAAUGACACCUUGUCACUAUCGUCACCCACAUCAGAGAGUGAUACUUCUCUGAUGUCUUCAAAAAGAUGGCCCAUCGAUAAUUCCUUUCUAAUGUCUCCAAAAAGACAGUGCACAGAUGACACCAUCUUGAAGUCCACACAAAGUCAGCAUAUUGAUGACAGUUCUUCACAGGCCAAAGAGCUUGUCAAGAGAGUUCUGGAACAAAAGCCUGGAGGGGAGAAGAUACUUAAAGAAUAUGCCAUGAGAGGAGAAUUUAAGGACCGGACACGCCGUGAACUUGUCAACAUCAUUGUUGCUGAUAUGGUGGAAAAAUAUGGACGUGCUCCACCAAAGGACAAAAGAACACAGUAUGCAUGGGGGAUUGUAACACUGUUUCCUUCUCUAAAAGACCCCUACUCCAAAAAAGGCUAUGAACAUUUCUAUGAUGCAGAUAGCAACGAGGGCUACAUUGCAUGGAAGCUUAAAAACACACAGCGGGACCUCAACAGUGGCAGCAGUAGCAGUGGAUUUAGGAGAAUGAGCUCUCACACCUCAAACAGCAGUGGACCACAGUUGGAGAGAGAAGUGUCUAAAGAGCUCCAGCUGGAGGGAGACCAAUGUUGCGAGGCCAUUUCUCUACUGAAACACAGCACGGACAAAGAACAGAUAUUCAUGAAAAUGAAAGCAACCUUCAACCACAGACAACAGCUGAUCCACGAUCCUGAGCAAUGCAGCACAGUUCUUACACUGUUCCCAAGGUUCCUUGACACGAAAGGCCUGGUCUUGCAGGACUUUGACCUGUUGUUUAGUGCUGAGACUUCUUCAAAACUUCUUGAGAAAUGGGGAACACUCCUGAAGGUAAAAGUAAUAGAGCAAGCCAAAAACCUCAACAAGACACCCCUUCUUGACGACCUCAUUCAGUCUGCAGAGGAGAACCCUGAUGAGGAUGAUGAAGUGCCAGGUAAGUGAUAUAAAAUAACCUGUUUGUAUUUGGCCACCUUUUUAGAU